AUGUCCACCAACAAGAUGGCCAAUGUUGGUUUUGAGUUGCCUCCACCAGUGACCGAUGACCAAGACAUGGUCUUCAAGAAGCCGGCGAGCAGAAAAGGCAUCAAAGAAAAGGUGCUGCGACAGCCCCAAGAUGGGAUGGUCAGCAAGAUGAAGGUGAAACCGCAACCCAAAGAGGCCACCGAGAACAUGAAGGUGAAGCAGCAGCGCACAGGGGUGGCAGCCGACGUGCAGCCCCAGAAGAAGGUGCAGCGACAGUCCAAACAACAGAGUGGGAAAGACACUCCAAGUGCACCAUACUUGCCCAACUUCGUUGAGAUGCUCCUGGACCCGCGGAGUGCCAUUCUUCCUGCCAGUCCUCAGGACGAUGUGAUGGAGCUGUUUUCACAGCCACGAUUGGUUCCCAUUUGUCAGGAGAUGGGACUGGUGGCUGAAUUGUCCCUAGACCUCAAGACAGGUUGGGAUUGCUCUCUUCCAGAUAUGAAAACUUUGGCUUUGAAAACGAUUGACCAGAGGAAGCCAUGGGUGAUAAUGCUCAGCCCACCAUGCACUAUGUAUAGUGCUUUGCAGCGAUCCAACAAGAAUCGAGUGGACCCCUUGCAGGCUGCCUUUCGCCGUGAGGAGGCUGAUGGCUUCAUGGACUUCACCAAACAGGUUGCCGUGAAGCAAGCAGAGUCUGGAAGAGGAUUCAUUCUGGAGCACCCGGCUUCAGCUAGCAGUUGGCAAAUUGAUUGUGUCCAGGCAAUGAUGGCUUUGCCCAACGCCCAAGUUUCCAAGUUUGACCAGUGCCGAUACGGGCUGCGCGGCCCAGGAGGAUCGCUCAUGAGGAAGGGCACAAAGCUCUUGAGCAACAUCCCGCAAAUCCAGGCUGAAUUUCAUGGCAAGGCAUGCAUGUGCCGACAGCGCGGGGAGACUCAUGAGCAGAUCCAAGGAAGUGUGAACGGUGUGCGCCGUUCUACUCAUGCUCAAGUGUACCCAGAUGGAAUGGUGCGAGCGCUGGCUGGCUGCUGCCUUGAGUAUGUGGACAUGCGACAUUUUUUGGCGUGCCGGGGACAAGAGACCAAUCCUGUCCCCUCAGAAGCUCCUGCGCCGUCUGAAGGUGGUGCUCCAGAGCCCAAUCAAUCCAAUGAUGUGGAAACUGCUUGGGGCCUUGAAAGUAUGGAAAUUGAGGAAUUUUCUGAGGCAAAGUACGCCAAAGAUCUGAUGGAUCUGCUGCAAAAGGCACACUCCAAGUAUGGUGGCUUGGAGAAAUUCUUUCAAUUGCGGUUCCAGCAACAAACGGAAUUGCAGAGCUUUGCUGAUUACCUUAGCGGGUUCUGCCCAUGUGGCAGUGGACAUGAAUACGCUGUGGGAAGGGAUAUGCCAUCCAUCAGCCCUGAUGACAUGGUUAACACAGAAACCCUCCGUAUCCACCCAGCUUCACUUGCAUUCUUGGACAGUGCGACAGUGCGCGGGCCAGCGGAGUCAGAUGUUGUCAUGAAGCUGGCGGAAGAGAUCUUGAAGGAUGGCCUAGUCACCGCUGGAGAGGCGUUGCUCUUGCCCCAGUCUGAGGCGCUCACCAAGGAGGUGCUGCAGCUCUAUGGGCCUGACGCUGAGGUGGCACCAAAAUUUGCUGCCAGCCUGGGCAACAUCCGUGGUUACAUUCUUUCCUUGCCCACCAAGCGGGAGGAGUUCCUUGGAAAUUUCAAAUUGUCAGUGCGUGGAAGCAUCCGACGCGCUCCCAAUGUGGUGCAGCAAAACAACAGCCGUUCAACCAGGGCUGGCCAACUGCUUGGCCAGAAAGCCCAAUCAGUGAGAAAUGUGAUGGAAUUUUAUGACCCCAAAGCGCUGGAGUCCAUCAUUGCUUUCACUGUGGAAGUUGGAACUGAACAGACGCCAUGGUCCGAUGAGUCGCUGUCAUCCAAGAAGUGUUUGCCUGGUUUCCAGUUCCGGAGCACUCAUGGUGCCACAUGGGCAGCGCGUGGCACUGUGACGCGCAAAUCCAACCUGUUGAUGGUGCAGCAUCAGAUUGAAUCUCACCGUCAGUUGGUUCCAGGGAUGCGAAGGAAGCUUGAAAAGCAGCGGAUGGAGCAGACGGCUCAAUAUGCCGCAUUUGUGUCGGCAGUGGCAGACGAGGUCUUGGAUCUCAUUCCUGUGGAUGGAGAGCUGCUUGAGAAGGAGUGGGUGAACAAAUGGAGGAUGGGGGAGCCAGGCGUUUGUCUGGAGGUUGAAUCGGCUUUGUUGAACAAGCCCGUGUACACAGACCCUAGAGACAUCCAAUCGAUCAGAAGCCUCAUGCAGCAGCACUCGGCAAACGUGCCACUUCCAUCGGUCCCAGCAGUUGCCAUGGAGCAAUUGCAAGCGGACACAUUUGAUAUCAAAGUCCGCCAAAUCCAAUACGACCUCCAAGCCAUUCGUGUGGCCAGGGCCAAACGGCAAACUUGGGAAAGUCAAGUGUACCAUGCCAAAUUGGAGUACAAGAUGAAGAUGUGGGAGCAUUCUGAGAAAGCCGCAGCGCAUUACUUGAAGAACCAUUCCUUCAUGACCUGCUUCAAGGCAGCUGACGACUUGAACAAGGCGCUCCAAGCCUACAAGACUGAAGUUGUCUCCCGUUUGAAGAUUGAUGUUGGGGCGUCGGUGUGUUACUUGAAUUGGACGGCCCCAAGCACAAUCAAGAACCAGACCAUGGCGGCCCAGACGUCAGCCACAAGUGCAAUCUUGGGAGAUUCGAUGUACAACGUUGGCAUUCUCCUUGAGCCUGUCUUCACCUACCAGAAGAACAGCUUGUGGAUGUUGCAAAACUCCUGCCUCAAACGCUUGGCGGUGGCUGGAUGCACGGUGGACAAAGGUUUCGUCCUGCAGUUCAAAGAGAAGGUGGACAACAGAGACCAUCUUCGCCCACUAGUCUAUAUGGGUCGCAUCUUGGAGGGACAGAUGGCACAUAUUCCUUUGAGAGAAUGCAUCUGGAAGUCAAGCAUGCUGUUGAAGGAGGGCCGAACAACACCAGCGAGCCAGAUUGCCACCAAAGAGAUGUUGGCGCCCGACCUGACAGACAAUGCCUUGCCUGGUGUUGCUGAUGAAGGUGAAAUUCAAGGGGGCCGCCGGGUGGAACAGAUUGGGCAAGCAGCUUGCGAGAAGCUGCUGGAAUCCUUGUUGGACAAUCUGGAGAUGCCAGGCAGGGGCGCUGUCAUUCUCUAUGAUCUCAACAUGCGUGUGCCUGAGAUGUUCAUGGCGUAUGUCGCCAAGAGAGAGAGCUACAACUUUUCAGUUCUGUAUGCUGGGUGCUGUGACAACCCCACCACCUUCGAGUGGUUUCAGUCUUUUGCAACAGAAUGGCUUGCUCGUGGUCACAUGGAUGGCAAGGUUGUGAUUCCAGGUCACCCGAGUACUGGUGGCGAGUGUCCACCAGACCUGCUGGAGCAAGAGCCGGCCCCGCCCAAAUUGAACGUCGAGUAUGCCUGCCAUGACAACUUCGGGGAACAGUUUCGCACCUUGCUAGAUGAGAUUCGUAAUGAAUUUGGCGAAGAGCCAGCAGAGCCAGCAGAGCCCCCGCAGAACAAGGAUGCCACGGAACGUGGAGUCAAACGGCCUCACUCGGGUCAGGGCGGCGCUGAUGCCAAAAAGCCCAAGAUUGAAGCCUCCAGGUUCACUCUCAUUGCUGACCUUGGCAUCGAGGAGGGCAAGCUUGUGGACAUUCCCAUGUUGAAUGUGAAGCAGCAAGGAGUCUUCUUGCAUGUGCGGGUUGGGCAGGUGAUUUACAUGUGCAACACCAGUGGUUCCGAGGUUGUGUUGAAGGCAGGCAUGAUCCUCGUGGGCUUUGGGCGUGGGGCUUUCAAAGGGUCCCAAAAUGUUGGGAACACAGAGAUGGACCCAGCAAAGGAUGUGCUCUUCGAUGUGAAAUCAGGAACUGAUUGGGUGUUGCUGAACAACAAGAUGCAGACCUUGCAUUCUGUGGUGGAAGCACAGCGCGCCAAGGUGCCCAGCUGCAAGGUCUUGUAUCACGAGAUGGAGGCUGCCCCGCAAGAAAAGGUGCCUGGUAUGUUCAAUUGCGUCCGGCAGAGUGAUGUGUGGUUCACACCAGCCAAAGACAGUCAAGAGGUGACGGACCCAGCUGAUCCAGGUGCCAAGACCAAUCAAGUUGGUGCUGCAAAGCUGUUGCCCAAUACAGCCUGGCAGUCAGACCUCAUGUCAAUUGUGUACAGUGUCCGCUGGAGCCCAAAAGGGCUUAUGCCAGUCCGACCGCAAGUGGUUUUGCUGAAAGAUUUGACGCUGGCUGCUGGACAAGCCUGCAAGCUGACCAACUAG